CUUCUCCAAGCCAUCUUCUCUAGCUAUUCCAAAUUAGAGACAUACAAAAUGUUUGGAAUUGGGAAGAACAUCGUAGAGGGAGCGUUGAAUACCACCGGAGAACUUGCGGGCUCCGUCAUCAAUGCCGGCGGUAACAUCAUAGACAGAGUCACCCAUCUCCGGGGAAAGAAGAUCAAAGGGAAACUGAUUCUUAUGAGAAGCAAUGUGUUGGAUUUCACUGAGUUCCAUUCCUCUCUUCUCGAUAACUUCACGGAGCUGUUGGGCGGCGGCGUUUCUCUUCAGCUCAUCAGCGCCACUCACACUUCAAAUGACUCACGAGGGAAGGUCGGGAGCAAGGCAUUUUUGGAGAGGUGGCUCACUUCACUCCCGCCGCUAUUCACCGGAGAAUCUGUGUUUCAAAUCAACUUCAAUUGGGAAGAUGACUUUGGAUUUCCAGGAGCUUUCUACAUAAGAAAUGGGCAUACAAGUGAGUUCUUCCUCAAGUCACUCACUCUUCAGGAUGUUCCUGGCUAUGGAAAGGUCCAUUUCGAUUGCAACUCAUGGGUUUACCCUUCUGGGCGAUACAAGAAAGAUCGUAUUUUCUUCGCUAAUCAUACAUGUCUUCCAAACGACACACCAGCUCCUCUUCGUAAGUAUAGAGAGGAAGAGCUGUGGAAUUUGAGAGGAGAUGGAACGGGAGAGCGGAAGGAAUGGGAUAGAAUCUAUGACUAUGAUGUCUAUAACGACCUUGCUGAUCCUGACGAUGGUGACCAUCGUCCUAUUCUUGGUGGUAGCCAAGAGUAUCCUUACCCUCGUAGAGGAAGAACUGGAAGACCACGAGCAAGAAAAGACCAUAACUAUGAGAGUCGAUUGUCGCAAGUGAUGAGCUUAGACAUCUACGUACCAAAAGACGAGAAUUUCGGGCACUUGAAGAUGUCAGAUUUCCUUGGGCAUACCUUGAAAGCAGUUUCGAUAUCUAUCAAACCAGGGCUUCAAUCCAUAUUUGAUGUAACUCCGACCGAGUUUGACAAUUUUAAGGAAGUUGAUGAUCUCUUUCAAGGAGGCUUUCCCGUUCCAUUUAAUGCGUUUAAGACUCUCACUGAGGACCUCACACCACCUUUGUUCAAAGCUCUUCUCAGGAAUGAUGGUGAAAAAUUCCUCAAAUUUCCCACUCCCCAAGUUGUCAAAGAUAACAAAUCUGCAUGGAGCACUGAUGAAGAAUUUGCAAGAGAAAUGCUAGCGGGAGUCAAUCCUCUAGUGAUUCGUCGUCUUGAAGUUUUUCCACCGAUAAGUAAGCUUGACCCAAAAGUUUACGGGAAUCAAAGAAGUACAAUCACUGAAGAACACAUAAAGAAUGAUUUGAACGGACUCACAGUCGAUGAGGCAAUCAAACAAAACAAACUCUACAUACUAGACCACCAUGAUGCGUUGAUGCCAUAUCUUAGAAGAAUAAAUGCAACAUCCACAAAAACAUAUGCCACAAGAACAUUGCUCUUUUUGAAAGAUGAUGGGACUUUGAAGCCUUUGGUUAUCGAGUUGAGCUUGCCACACCCUCAAGGAGAUGAACUUGGUGCCAUUAGUAAACUAUACUUCCCAGCUGAAAAGGGCGUCGAAGGCUCAAUUUGGCUAUUGGCUAAAGCUUAUGUAGGUGUAAAUGAUGUUGGGUAUCAUCAACUCAUCAGCCAUUGGUUGCAUACUCAUGCAGUACUCGAACCUUUUAUUAUUGCAACACAUCGACAAUUGAGUGUGAUUCAUCCAAUUCAUAAGCUACUCGUUCCUCAUUACAAAGACACCAUGUUUAUUAACGCAUCGGCGAGACAAGUUUUGAUUAAUGCGAAUGGUCUGAUUGAAUCGACUCAUUUUCCAUCCAAAUAUGCUAUGGAAUUGUCAUCUUACAUUUACAAGGAGUGGACCUUCCCUGACCAAGCACUACCUAAUAAUCUCAUCAAGAGAGGAAUAGCCGUUGAGGACUCAAAUUCUCCGCAUGGACUUCGACUACUAAUAAAUGAUUAUCCAUUUGCUGUCGAUGGGCUUGAGAUUUGGUCGGCCAUCAAAUCAUGGGUUACAGAUUAUUGUUCUCUUUACUACAAAGACGACAAGGCAAUCCAAAACGACUUCGAACUCCAAUCUUGGUGGACUGAGCUGCGGGAGAAAGGCCACGCUGACAAGAAACACGAACCAUGGUGGCCAAAAAUGCAAACUUUAUCCGAGCUGAUCGAGUCAUGCACGACCAUCAUAUGGAUCGCUUCAGCUCUCCAUGCAGCGGUGAACUUCGGACAAUACCCAUAUGGAGGCUAUGUUCUCAAUAGGCCAACUACAAGCCGCAGGUUCAUGCCUGAAGUUGGGACCGCUGAGUAUAAGGAGCUUGAGUCCAAUCCUGAGAAGGCCUUCCUAAGAACAAUCACCUCAGAACUACAAGCACUUAUUGGUAUCUCAGUCAUUGAAAUCUUGUCAAAGCAUGCCUCUGAUGAGGUGUAUCUUGGGCAAAGAGCUUCCAUCGAGUGGACUUCGGAUAAAUUUGCAUUGGAAGCGUUUGAGAAAUUUGGGAAAGAGCUGUUUGAAGUUGAGAAUAGAAUUAUGCAAAGGAACCAAGAUGGGAAGUUGAAGAAUCGAUCUGGACCUGUUAACAUGCCCUACACCCUACUUGUUCCAUCAAGUACGGAAGGACUCACUGCCAAAGGAAUUCCGAAUAGCAUCUCUAUCUAAGUCGUCUAAUUAGUAUUUCAAGGGAGUUGUGUAAUUUGAAGGUCGCAAAUUGCACUUUAAGCUACCCAUUUAUGAGGAAAUAAAGACCAUAUUGUUAGUUUAAUGCAGCCUUUUAGGG